GCUUGCGAGAAUGUUUUACCGGGCCGUUUUCCAUUGAGAAGCUCACUGGACUUUUUCAGCAAUUCUUCCGCAAUUCUAGUAGAGUUGCACAUAUUUACUAUUAAAGAGUAGCGCUUCAUUUGUAGUUUACCGCAUUCCUUGCUUAUUUUCUCAAUAAGCUUAACGAAGCUGCAUAUGGGUGUAAUUCCCCCGUUCACCUCAUGGAUGUGUCUCUGACAGAACUGCUCAGUUCCCGGAGAAACUGCGAGCAAAUGCAGAGCUGAUAUUGGCGGAGCUGUCCAGCAGUCCCACCGCAGAAUUAGCCCACAUAUUACACAUUUCUAACAGAUCCUCAUGCAUUUGUUUCAGCAUUGUUGAAAAAAAAAAACCUGUCGAAAUGCAACACAGAGCGAAGGACUGAACAGAGGAAACCGAAGGCAAUGAAGACGAUUGGAUUUACCUGAUUAAUCGGAUUGGUGAAGUUAGAGGAUUGUUCAGUGGAAAUAAUUAUUCAAAUCCAGCCAAAGGUUGCUUAAUGGAAGACUUAAUUACAAUGCCAUUUCAAGCUACAAUUUUGGAAUUUUGUGGAAGGGGAAUUCUGGAGUGAAGUUGGCCACUAUGGGGAAUUUCGUGUUUGCCUUCCUGACACUUCCUGUUCUUCUGUCUCAUGUCAACGUGGCUUUCGGAGCAGAGAAAGUCCCCAUCUUAAACGUAGCAGUGAUCCUGGGGCAAACCCGUUACAUCUCGGACCGAGACAUAAGAGCUCUGUGGAGCAAGGAGGACCCCAUUGAUGUAAACGUGGUGACACUGCUGGUGAAUGAGACUGACCCCAAAAGCAUCAUAACUCAUGUAUGCGACCUGAUGUCUGGGACUAAAAUUCAUGGACUGGUGUUUGGAGAUGGCACCGACCAGGAAGCCAUUUCCCAGAUUUUGGAUUUUAUUUCAUCCCAGACACUGAUCCCCAUUAUGGGAAUCCAUGGGGGAUCUUCCAUGAUUAUGGCAGAUAAGGAUGGAAAGUCCACCUUCUUCCAAUUCGGGGCUUCCAUCCAGCAGGAAGCACUGCUGAUGCUGAAUAUCAUGGAAGAGUACGACUGGCACAUCUUCUCCAUCGUGACCAGCAAGUUUCCUGGAUACCAGGAUUUUAUCAGCAUCCUGAAGAGCACGGUGGAGAACAGCUUUGUGGGAUGGGAUUUACAGAACACCAUCACUUUGGACGCUGUGGAUGGAGAUAUAAAAACUCAGGUGCAGCUGAAGAGGGUUCAGUCCCCUGUCAUUCUGCUCUACUGCUCCAAAGAUGAGGCCAUAUACAUCUUGGAAGAAGCUCGCUCCUUGGGCUUGACUGGGUUCGGUAAUAUAUGGAUCGUCCCCAGCCUGGCAACGGGCAACACAGAGUUCACACCAGAACAGUUUCCUUCCGGGAUGAUCUCAGUGUCUUAUGACGACUGGGACUACCCUCUGGAAAUGAGGGUGCGGGAUGGCCUUGGGAUCAUUACCACUGCUGCUGUGUCUAUGAUGGAGGAAUAUGGUGACAUCCCAGAAGCCAAAACUAGCUGCUAUGGACAACCGGAGAAAACUAAACUACCUCCCAGUGCUUUAAAGAAAUAUAUGAUGAAUGUGACCUGGGAUGGCAGGGAUCUGUCCUUCACAGAAGAUGGUUACCAAGCCAACCCCAAAUUGGUUGUUAUAGUCCUGAACAAGGAAAGACAAUGGGAAAAGAUGGGGAAAUGGGAGAACAAGACCCUGACCUUGAAGUACCCCGUCUGGCCUCGCUUCAACUCCUAUGGAGACAACGAGGCUGACGAGAACCACCUGAGCAUCGUGACACUGGAGGAGGCACCCUUUGUGAUAGUGGAGAACGUGGAUCGCCUGACAGGCACCUGCAUGAGGAACUCCGUGCCCUGCCGCAAGCACAUCAAGGACAAUUCUAGUGUGGAAGGAACAUACAUCAAAAAAUGCUGCAAGGGGUUUUGCAUCGACAUCCUGAAAAAGAUCGCCAAGAACGUCAAAUUCACCUAUGACCUCUAUCUAGUGACCAACGGCAAGCAUGGCAAGAAGAUCAACAACGUGUGGAACGGGAUGGUGGGAGAGGUGGUGUACAAGAAGGCCGUCAUGGCUGUCGGGUCACUGACAAUCAACGAGGAGCGGGCAGAAGUCAUUGAUUUCUCCGUGCCCUUUGUGGAGACGGGCAUCAGUGUCAUGGUGUCCAGGAGCAAUGGCACCGUGUCUCCGUCUGCAUUCCUGGAGCCCUUCAGCGCGUCCGUGUGGGUGAUGAUGUUUGUGAUGCUCCUUAUUGUGACAGCCAUGGCUGUCUUCGCCUUCGAGUACAUCAGCCCCCUGGGAUUUAACAGAAACCUUGCACAAGGCAAAGAUCCCCACGGACCCUCCUUUACCAUCGGUAAAGCUAUAUGGCUCCUCUGGGGCCUUGUCUUCAACAACUCUGUGCCCGUAGAGAAUCCCAGGGGAACCACCAGUAAAUUCAUCGUAUCCGUAUGGGCCUUCUUCGCCGUGAUAUUUCUGGCCAGCUACACUGCCAACCUGGCGGCCUUUAUGAUCCAGGAGGAGUUUGUCGACCAAGUCACUGGCCUCAGUGACAAGAAGUUCCAGAGUCCAAACUCCUAUUCACCCCCAUUCCGCUUUGGAACCGUUCCUAAUGGAAGUACGGAGCGGAAUAUCCGGAAGAACUACCCAGAUAUGCAUCAGUACAUGGUAAAAUAUCACCAGACUGGCGUACAGGAUGCACUGGUCAGCCUUAAAACUGGGAAACUGGAUGCUUUCAUAUAUGAUGCUGCCGUGCUGAACUACAUGGCUGGUCGGGAUGAGGGCUGCAAGCUUGUGACCAUCGGAAGUGGUUAUAUCUUCGCCACCACAGGCUACGGGAUUGCCCUCCAGAAGGGUUCGUACUGGAAGCGGCAGGUUGACCUGGCGAUCCUGGGCAUCAUCGGAGAUGGUGAGAUGGAGGAGCUCGAAGCACAGUGGCUUACUGGCAUCUGUCAUAAUGAGAAGAACGAGGUGAUGAGCAGUCAGCUGGAUGUGGACAAUAUGGCGGGUGUCUUCUAUAUGCUGGCCGCAGCCAUGGUCCUCAGUCUUAUUGUCUUCAUCUGGGAACACUUGUUCUACUGGAAGAUGCGCUACUGCUUCACUGGCAUGUGCAGUGGGAAGCCGGGGAUGCUCUUCACCAUCAGCAGGGGGAUAUGGAGUUGCAUCCAUGGGGUCCACAUUGAGAUGAAGAAGAAGCCCGAGCUGGACUUCAGCCCACAGGCGAACAUGCUGAACAUCAUAAAGUCUGCCAAGCAGAUGACCAACAUGACCAACAUCAGCGUGUCGAGAAUCAAUUCUCCCAAGCGUCCUGGGGAUUUCAAGCACUCCAGUACUCCCAUGCUUAUGGACAUGAUGGCGGAUAAAGGGAAUUUUGUCUAUACGGAAAACCGGAGCUAUGUGCCGAAGGAAGGGAUCUAUGGCGAGACCACCGACAUAGCAUACCUGACCAACCGACACAAGGAUCACCUGAACAACUACGUCUUCCCGGGUCAGCAUCCCCUAACCCUGAAUGAGGCGAACCCCAACAAAGUGGAGGUGACCGUCAGUGAAGAUGCCUCUCAGGCUAACUCCAAACCACGUGCCCUGUGGAAGAAGUCAGUGGAAACGCUACGUCAGAACCAGAGCUCCAUCCAGGGUACCCUGUCACCUGACCCUCGCCUGUCUAUGAAAAGCCAGCGAUACCUGCCCGAGGAUGCUGCCCACUCUGACAUUUCCGAGUGCUCCAGCAGGGCCGCGUCCUACAAAGAUCUUGACAACAACCAGAAGCACCAAAAACCUAAAGAUAACUUAAAAAAAAAAUCCAUGACGUUGAAAUUCCCUAAGGAUUGCAGCGAAAUGGAGUUGUCCUACUUAAAGGGCAAGCAGGUAGGACAGUCUCGAGAAAAAAUAUACACCAUAGACUCAGACCAUGAGCUUAGCUUGCGUUCAGAUUCUCUUCUCUACAGGGGGAGCAGGGGUGUACCCGAGGAUUUGGAUUGUCCCGACAUUUAUUCAGAUCACAAUGACAACUACAGGAAAUCAGAUCAGCUAAUCAUCCAGCUCAACAGCAGCCCUUUGCAUCACGUCAGCACCAACGUCACCCCUAACAAUAAAAACAAAUUCAACAUGCAUACCAAACAUUUUACCCUGAAAGAAAAAAAUGUCAGCUCGCAUGAAACAAAUGACCGCUAUAAACAGACUCACUGUCGCAGCUGCCUGUCUAAGGUCCCAAAUUAUUCGGGCUUGUACACUGUCAGGUCCCCUUAUAAUCGCUGUGAGGCAUGUUUGCACAUUGGCAACCUUUAUGACAUUAGCGAGGACCAGAUGUUACAGGACUCCACAAGCCCCCCUGUGCAACAGGGAGAAAUAUUCAGCCAUUACUGGCCCCAGACUGUGGGACCACAGACACUACAGAGCAGUAAACUGGGAAUCACCAGGCAGCAUUCCUAUGACAAUAUCCUUGAGAGGCCCAAAGAGACGGAUGUGGAUAAGCCGGCACGCAGUGUCAGCUUGAAGGACAAGGAAAGGAUUACGGACGAUGACCCGUAUGCAAACGUUUUGAACGUUAAGCCAGACUAUGCAUUCUUUAACAAAACCAUGCCCUUCAACCAUAACUUGGGGGAAAGCAAACGCAGUAGGUCACUUUACCCCGAUCACCCAUCGGACAACCCUUUCGUGCACUCUUUUCGCGACGAUCAGCGCCUGGUGCAUGGCAGCAGCUACUCAGACAUUUACAGACAGCUGGCACCAAGAAACGACAGCAAUCUGAAGCUUUCGCUGAAGUCCGCCACCUCCUAUUGCUCUAGAGACGGUCGAUUAGCCAAUGACGUGUACUUUUCUGAGCAUGCAAUGCCUUAUGUAGCUAACCAGACUAUUUCAUACACGACACCCCGGGUUCUGAAUUCUUGCAGCAAUAGACGAAUAUAUAAGAAAAUGCCUAGUAUUGAAUCAGAUGUAUAAUGCUCUUUGUAAAGCUCUAUAUGGAACUAUUUAAGUAAGUCACUCACAUCCAAAUGAGGAGUAUUACAUAUUUCUUGGAAACAGAUGUUUUUAAAGAAGUGUAUUUUUUCCUCUUAAUUUGUUUUUGUGUAUUAAUAUGUUGACCAUAUAUGGCUUGCCAAUGGUUUAUAGCGUUUUAAUUUAGACUUUUAGUGAUAUUUUCUGACCUUAGAGUAUAUUGGAGACAAACUGGUGUUUUGAGCAGUUAGAGUUACUGGUUGAGGUUACCAUCUUUUCUUAGGAUAAUGGAAUGAAACUUGGGAAAGGGGGGGUGAGGGCUUAUAUUGGGAUUCGGAGGUGGUGAAACUCUCUUUCAGCAUUGUGUCACCAUGAGGAAAUCGAUAGGCUUGGUAAUUAUUAAUAUUUACAUAUUUUAUUGCCUAAUGUUUGAGUCUGAAUGUAAUGUUGCAAUGUCUGGACUAAUGUACAAUAAAAUAGCUUCAGUGAUAAUCUGGAUAGUAGAAUAUUUACACUGAAUCUUUGUUAGUAUGUUUUCAUCCUUUUUUUGUCUUUGGCUGAUGAACAGUUUAAUGAAAUACAACCAAUAUGGUUUAGAGAAACGGGUGAAAAUUCAAAAUAGCCAUUCGAAUGAGAAAUGUGCCCAUAUCAGUCAGAAAAUUAAAUAGCACCUUGAGGUAUCUGCAGUACAUCCAAAAUAUUUUAGUAAGUUUAGUCUUGGUCAACCACCAUAUUGUUUAGAAAUCCCGUGUUGUUGAUUAUAUCUGGAAAUUAAAGGGGGAUUCCCAUGAUAAUGAUCACGUUAUUUCUAUUCUUCACCAGAUUAUUUCCCAUAUAUCCCAGGAAUGCACCUCAAACAGAGGACUGGCCCUCUAUUACUCAAAAUGACCAGUCUGUAGUUUUGUUCAGAUUACAAUGGAUAGAUUUAUCAUCUAUGUAUUUUUCUGAUCUCAGCCACCAUAGUCUGUCUUCUGUGAAUCAGGUACAUAGGGCAACAUUUUUAUACAGAAGUCAUCUGCAUUUCUUUAGAGAUCCGUGUUACUGCACAAUGUGCACUCAUAUCUGAAAACAGAGUGACAAAGCACCAGGUAUUAAUCAGGACCAUGAACAUAGCAACUAAAGACUUUUCGCAUAGCCGUCUGAUCAUCUCUGCUUUGUUAAAAUGUCUCUAUGCAUCCUUCUUGGACUGCAUUGUGAUUUCAUUCUCUCACAGUUUGUAAGCGACAUCAUCAUUCUUUUAACUGACAGAAUACCGGCAGUCUAUUUCAUGUGUCACUAUCAAAAUGUUGAUUCUGUUAGUAUAGCUGAAUCACAAAGACUGCUGAUUGAAUAUCCUGAGCAGAAUGACUUGGUCUUCCAGGUCAGCCUGCUAACUAGUGUAUGUGCAACUGAUACAGAGAGUGUUUCAAGGCUAAAUGAUCUGUUUCUUGAUGUAUUUCAGUGAAUUCUGCCCUCAUCCCCUUCCGGAGGUGACUUUGUUAGUGUAGACAUGGUCAGAAAAUACUUUUUGAAUAUCAAUCUUUUUAUAUAUACAUAAAUAUCAGAAAGGAAAAAAAAAUUACAUGGAGAUUUAAAAGCUUCUAAGAAGGUCAAUAUAUCCAGAUUAAACAAAAUAAUCUCUCUAGGGGCAUUUUGUUUGAUCACAUGCUGAAAUCCAACCGAACCACAUAUACAUUAAACUUUCUUUAGGAAACAGUAGACGUAAUAUGUGCUUCCGCGUUCUCUGUUGUAAAUGCUGAAUUUAGGAGGUGGGACUUUGCAAUCAAAAGCAUUACUUUGCAGCCCUAGAUGGUGGAAUAGAGAUUCACCCCUUUACACACUCAAUAUGCCCUUCCACGUGAUUCCACGUCAUAGGUUCAAAACCGCAUCAUGGUUGUGGGUCUAUGCUAGGUUUUCAGGUAGAAGCUCAUUAAAGGUGUGUUCAUUUUGUUAAAUUUUGUAAAAUACUGAUAAUAAAUUAUUGCAAUACUACCUUUCAGUAUUAUUAUAGAUGUGGGGCUUUUAGUUUAAUGUUUCUGGUUUAUCAUGUAUCACACUUACUGCCAUUCUUAAAGCAUUAUUUCAUUUCUUGUCUUUGGUUUAUUUAACGGUAGUUCCUUACCAGAAUUUAUUAUUUUGCAUGUAUAUUUGAACAAAAAAAUAACUAUAUGGAAAUGUUCUUACUGAAGUGGAUGCUUGUGCAGUCAAAUUUGCAAGCUGUAAUUCGUGACCCUGGCUUAACAAGCACAAACCAUUCCAUGUGAACAUUUGCCAUGCUAUUGUGAAAUACUUUAUGGACUUUCCAUCUGAAACAGGGUAAUAAAUAAUUCGAAGUUGUACACGAUAUUUUGAAAGCUUUAUUACUCUUUUAUUUCACUAUUUUAUUUAUUUUAUUUUUUUAGUGCUAUCAUAUUUUGGAGCUGUACGUUGUGUAAUAACCUGUUCGCAUUAUGCUGUCAUUCAGUCAAGAGCGGCAUGUAAAGCUACGUAUGGAAUUAAACAUUUAAAGCCUCAGCUGCUCAUAAUUAUAAGUUAAUAAAACCGCAAAAAAGAAAUUCUAGAGAAUAUGGA